CGUUGAAAUAAUAAAUAAAAAAUUUCAUGAAUCUUAGAAAUAGGUAGCAGGUCGAAGAAGGAGACGAAGGCGUGCGUCUCCAUCGACCUUUUACUGCAAUCUGAUCUCAUUUUCCGAGGAAAGAAAAAGAAAUGCUUCACUAAGCUGUCAUCUCAACCCCACCGCCGCCGCCGCCGUUGCCGUUGCAUAAACUACUCGGUUAAUAUCCGAUUUGUUACGGCAGCCACCUCCGAUCGGAACCCUAACAACAGCGAUGGCAUCCGCCGUUGAUCCUACAUCCCCGCAGUCCGGGAGGGCCAUCCGUAACCUCUCCUCUUCUUGGUCGCAUGUUUCACGUGGUGAGGUAGAGCCGAACUCCGGCGCCGCCGCUCCUACUGUUUUAACUACCCCGCCUUCGUCGCCUUCGGCCUUCCCGGUUGAUUCGACGGAGCUACCGGGACGAUCGCCGCGGAAGGCUUCAGUAGGCACGGGGUCGCCACUGUCUUCCGUGGGUCCCGAUCAUGGUGUCGGUGGCAAUGCGGCUGAAGCGGCUUCAACUCCCACGGGGAAGAAACCUGCUUGGAACUUUCCAUCGAACGGUGCGAUCGACGCAGGAUCCAUCAUUGACUCUGCUUCGUGGCCUGCGCUCUCGGAAUCGGCCAAGUUUUCACCAAAAUCCGCCUCUUCUGAUUCGUUGAAGCCCCUCGCUGAUGGGUCAGUCUCUGCUCCGCUGGGAUCCCCGGUAUCAUCUCCUUCUUCGAAACAUGCUUUGGGUAAUCAAAACACUGGUACGAGUCAAAGUCCCCAGUCUCCAGCUCGCCAAAAAUCUAUGAAGCGUGGCGCAGUUACAGGCGGCAGCAUCAGCAACUCUGGAUCAUCAAAUGGCGGACUUAACUUGCCAUCUACCUUGCAAGUCUCAGAGUCAAGUCAGUUGGUUCCGGGCAAACAACCCUCUUCUGGUCCUUUUCCUAAGGGCCUCCACAACAAGAACAACAGCAACUUCAAUAAUGAAAAGGAUCAUGGCUCAAAGGCUGGUGGAUUUUCUCCUCAAUCCUAUGGCGGGAAUGAACAUCAGCGAGGCCAUGUUGGUGGCAGAAGGGGAAGCACUGGUCACCAUAGCAACUACGUAAACAAGCGGGAUUCGGAUCGCGUAGGCUACGAGUGGAGUCAUCAGAAUUUGGGCAGAGAUGUCCACAUGCAGCAGCCGCAUCAGCAGCGAGGUGGUCGGCCGUUCCAAAGGCCUCCGUCGCUUGUAACUGCACCCUUCAUUGCUCCUCCUCCACCUAUCAGUCCUUUUUCUAAUCAUAUGGGUUUUCCGGAUUUUCCAUCUCCCGUGUACUAUGUUGCUGCCCCUCCACUUCCAGAGUCCUUUAGAGGCGUCGCAUUUGCUCCUCAACAAGCCCCAGCUCCACAAGUGAUGUUUUUUCCUUCACCAGAUCCUCAGCGUGCUAUGUUGCUAAAACAAAUAGAGUAUUAUUUUAGCCCAGAAAAUUUGUGUAAAGACAUAUUCUUGCGGCAGAAUAUGGACGAAAAAGGUUGGGUUCCUAUAUCCUUGAUAGCUGGAUUCAACAGAGUCAAACAAUUGACUAACAGUGUACAAUAUAUAUUAGAUACGAUACAGCUGUCAGCAGUAGUGGAAGUGCAGGGUGAAAAAAUAAGAAAACGUAAUGAUUGGAUGGCAUGGUUGCUGCACCCAGCUGAUCAUUCUGGUUCUGCUUUGCAAUCUCCAACUACAACAAAUUAUGAGGAACUGGAAGGUAAGUUUCAAAAUGUUUGUUUAGACUUAGAAGAUGCUCCCAACAACACUGGCUUGGGAGGAUCAGCUCAAAAUAAGGUAGUUCUCACUAGAUCAGCCUCUGCUAAUAAAAUAGUCACCUGUCAGUAGUAAGAAAUUGAGGAUGGAGAUGGUCAAAUCAGUUGCAUGUUCUGAUCAGAUCUGGAACAUGAGAAGUCUAGUCAGAAGCGAUGAACUGCAAUUUCUAAUUUUUGAGGUUCUGGAAUGAUGUUCGAAAUUGCUCUCUCUAAUGAUACCAUAUUAUGGAAAUGGGAAAAAAAUUGAUGUUGAUCCUGUAGGUUUCUUUGUUGGGAUAAAAAAGAAAGAGAUGAAAAAAAUAAAUAAAUACUUGUAAUAGGAAAGAACUUUUGUGGUGGGAUUGUACAGAUUGGCUUAGAACAAAUUAUGAAUGCAGAUGGAUGAUGAGAAGGUACAUUCUCUUGGUUUCUUUCUCUUUCUACGAAAGUAGACUCAGUUCAUUUGUGGGAGAAUUUUAACUGAGCUGGUUGUCUGAUCUUGAAUAGUGGGAAGGGGGCAUUGGAAUUGAUGGAAACCUUCUGCAGUUCUGCUUCAGGAUUAUUACUUUUUGUUAUUCCUUUAUGCGGAUAUUAAGACCAAAUGAAUUAUGAUAGAGACGUGUUUCCUUAGCCCAAUGUUUGUAAUUGUACAAGAUUCUCUAAUCUGUGAUUGGCUACAGCAUAUUGAAUCUUUAACUAUAUUAAGACUGGCAUCUACAAUUUAUUUGGAA